AAAUCGUUUCUGCAGAAGAAAAAGUUCUUGGGGGUCCAUCGUAAAGAGCCACAAAGGACGCAUUGCCGGUCCCCGCCAUCAUUACCAUGACAGAAGAAUUGAAGUCAAAGCGCAAACGCGAGAAGAAAGACAAGAAAAAGGGCAAGUUGCAAGCCGAGAAGGAGGAGAAAGAAUCCGAGGUGGUGACACCUCCUCAACCUAAUGAUGAGGAAGAACCGAUCAAUCCUGACCAACGGGAGGCAGGUGAACACGAGUCCAGUAAGGCGAGCAAAAGGCGCAAGACGAAUGGCAAAGAAUCUCGGGAGGAGCGCCAGAAGAAACGCAAGGAAUGCAUGGAUCAGGUUCCCAAGGUCGACGAACACGGUAUUGCGUACACAAAACUGCAGCUUCGUCGAAUGAGCAAGCGUGUGGCACGUGGAUUAGACCCAAUUGAAUCCGAACAAGAGGUGCGAGAACGGUUGCGGCGUGAAGCAGAACUUAAACGAGAAGAAGCUGCCGAACUAGCUGGUAUGGAUUACAACGAAGGGGGCGAUAACGCUAACGAUCCGGGAGAGAGUGAUACACAAGAAAGGGUAGAGGAGGAAGAUGGUGAUGACGGCAGGGAGAAUCAAGUCGACAAAGAAACCAGCCCGCCUGUUGUGAAAAUAUCCAAACGUAGCAAAUUAGUCCCUCCGGACUAUACAUGCCAGGCUUGUCAGAACAAGCAUAAACCAUCUCACUGGAUAUACGAUUGUCCAGACAAGGUUCGCAUGCCUGGUACCAAUCAUGUUGCCAAAAAAGCCAAAGGAUUGCAUGACCCUGACGCUCGUAAACUCUUCGUGUCGGGUCUACCCUUUGAGGCCAAAGUCAAGGAUAUCAAGGCUAUUUUCGUUUCGUGUGGAAAACUGGCUCAUUGUAAACUUAUCAAAUUUGCUGACACGGGACGGUGUAAGGGGCAAGCCUUGCUUGCUUUCGCCACGGAAGAGGCUGCGGAAAAGGCGCUCGCUUUGGACGGCAGCACUUUGGACAAUAUGCCAUCGAAGAAAG